UCAUUAUUUAUGCUAUAAUAAUAAUAAGUAUAUAAAUAACAAUUUCUAUUUAAGUUCCAAUAUUUUAUAGUUUUGUGCAACUAAUCUAUUAGACAAAUCCAAAUGUUUCAAAUACAUUAUAAUUUCUGACAAAUCUUACUUAAAAUUUUACAAAAAUAAAACGAUUAAAUCUGUACAUUAAUGGAAGUUAACUCGAGGAAAUAAAUAUAAUUAAUUGAAUUACUGCUAAACUAAUUUAAUUGUUAUUAAACAAUGAGUGCUGCUAACUCUCCCAUUGUCAAAAAUGUGCUACAUGCAGGUCAAAAGUAUAUAGCUAUUGCUAACGGCAGUAAGGCACAUUUCCAUUUUCAAACAUGGAAACUGGGAAAAGAAAAGAUCUUAAUUGAUGAUAGUAAGAAAAUUGGCAAGAAAGAACCUAUGGUUUUAGUAAUAGGUCACAAAUUCAAAUUGGAGGUAUGGGAAACUGUUGUGAAAAUGAUGGCUGUUGGUGAAGUAGCAAGUUUCACAGUGAAGAAAGAGUUGGUAUAUAGCUACCCAUUUGUGUCUAAAACAUUGCGAGAACUUGGUCAGGAGACACACAAAGUAAAACAUACUUGCACUAUGACAUUACACACAGAAGGCAUUGGCUAUCCUGAUUUAGAUGACCUAAUCAAUAAUCCAUCCGAUUUGGAAUUUAUUAUUGAACUACUAAAGGUUGAAAAAUCAGAUGAAUAUGAAAAAGAAGUGUGGCAGUACAGUAGUGAAGAACGACUACAACUGAUACCAACUCUCAAAGAAAAAGGAAAUAAGUUGUAUGGUCAGAAAGUUUAUGAUGAAGCUGAAGAGGCUUAUAGUAAGGCUAUUGCUAUAUGUGAACAGUUAAUGAUUAGAGAAAGGAAAACAGAUGAUGAAUGGAUAAAUCUAAACAAAAUAAAGCUUCCUAUAUUAUUAAAUUAUGCACAGUGUAAACUUAUCAAAGGAGAUUAUUAUGCUGUCAUAGAACAUUGCAACACAGUUCUAGAAUAUGAUGAAGAUAAUGAAAAGGCUUUGUAUAGAAGAGGGAAAGCACAUGUUGGGGCUUGGAAUCCAGAAUUAGCUAUAGAGGACUUUAAAAAGCUAAAAAUUUUGAACCCAUCUGUAAGUGCCACCGUUGACAAGGAGCUAGAGAAUAUUAAAAAACUCUGCAAACAGAAAGAAGAACAAGACAAGGAUGCUUUGAAAAAUAUGUUCAGUAAUGAACAAAAUGGUACUUAACAGUGCAUGAGCAAAAAUUGUGCCUCCAAAUAUUGUGUACCUUGUACAGUGUUACUCUGGCACUGAGAAUAUAUUAUGCUAUAGUCUAUUUUUCUUAUUCUAAAUUUUUCAUAUUUAUAUAAAUUGAAUAUUUUCAUAUACCCACUUACUUA